AAGGGUACACAACAUAAGACAGGCAGCACAGAGUGACUCGUACUCAGAACGCCCGCUGGUCAGGCUCACUUCAAGAGGGUUUUAGUCUUUCUUUUUUAAAGAAAACUUCAACUGUACACCAGACCUCACUGGACAGAAACUAAAAAGAAGUGUAAAUGUGACUCCAACCUCCUACAGAUGCCUUUUUAAACACUUUAAAUAAAACAUGGCUUCAGUCUGGCUUGUAUUGGUUGUCCUAUGGAUACAUAUGAUUGCCUUGAUUAAAGUGGUUGAAGCAUCUUCAUGUGCUGAGGUAUACACUCCAGCAUCAAAACUGCCUGUCGGCUCGCCCAUAUCAGUGCGCUGCCACAUUAAAGAUGACUGCCAGUUCACCAAACGCUCAGACGUGUGGCGUGUGAAGUGGGAACUUAACAGCCAGUCCCUCCAUAGUAAUCUCUCUUACCAGGAGAGUAAUGGAAAAUAUGGUGUACGCAUCCCCAACUUCACAGAUACAAGGGCAGCUGUCGCUUGCUGUGUUUGUGACGAGGACAAAUGCUAUGUAGUCGGUGAAGUGAUCGUCGACUUGGGAUAUCCUCCGGACGUCCCUAAGAACCUGAGUUGUCUCCUGAAUGUAACAAAUCCAAUCAGACUGCUGUGUCAGUGGGAUCCUGGUCAGGCAAGCAAAUCAGCAAGCAGAAAUACAAACUAUACUCUUCACGGCAGCAGAAAAAUGUUUCCUCCCGGGUUUCACUAUGUGCCCCCUCCUGGUGUGCACUUCCAGUGGAUUCCACGUAAUAAUUUGAGUUUACUUUCUGAGAUGGAGUUUUAUGUUACGGCAGUGAAUGCUUUUGGAAACAGCACUUCAGCACCUCUGUUGUUAACCCCUAUGAAAUAUGCAAAGUUUGAGCAUCCUGAGAUUCAGUGGGUUGAAGCACAUAAGUUUGGAUGUUUUCGGUACAGCUGGUGGCUUCCAAAGACUCAGUGGCUGAAGGUGACCUGCAAAGUGGAGUUGAGACUGACAAUAGUGCAGAACAAGCUUGACACAGAGCUGGUUUUCCUCAGGGAGGCACCACCACUGAAAACAAUCCAGGUGUGUGGACUUCUUCAUGGUACAAAUUACAGCACCAAAAUGCGAAUGAAGUAUUCCAACGGAUCAUGGACUGAAUGGAGUGAGCAGAAAGUAGCUACCACGCUUAUAAAAGCACCGACUGGCCGUCUGCACACAUGGCUGAAAGUACAGGACAAUAAUGAAACCGCACAUCUGUACUGGAAGCCAUCACCACAGUUUCAUGCCAAUGGCUGGAAUCUUUCAUACAUUGUUGAAUCAAAGGAACCUAAAAAGAUGUUGUGUGUUACACAAGAAAGCCACUGCUCUGUCAUACUCACCAAGAGGCUUAGAAAGAUCUACCUGAGAGCUACUAAUGAAGCAGGAAGCUCCAAUUAUACCAUAGUGCCUGUGUAUCGGAAAAAAGUACUGGAGGCCGUUUUUAAUUUCAGUGUGCGUCCUCAGUCGGAGACAUCUCUGCUGAUCGCUUGGGAGCGUCCGGUGUCUUCCCAGGAGAAGGGGUACGUGCUGGAGUGGAGAUCUCUGAUCGAGAAAGAUGCAGCUCUCCUGUCAUUUGCACUGUUGGACAAAAACAACUUGAGUAUUGUAGUAACAGGUAUUAAGCCUUACAAGCCCUAUGAGAUUUCUAUUUAUCCCAAAUAUGCAGGCGGGAUUGGACGUCCUUUUACUGUGACAGCAUACAGCAGUCAGAAAGCACCCUCCGUGGCUCCAGAGUUGAUAUUUGGUCAGUUACAUCAUUCACAAGUUAAUAUUUUCUGGGAAGAAAUCCCCCUGGAGCAGAGAAACGGGAUUAUUCAAAAAUAUACCAUUUACUUCUGGGAUGACAGAGGAAAUAAUCAAGUUAAAGAGACAAAUCAGACAGAAGUUUUGGUGAAUCUUCAGCUAAAUUCUACAUAUUACUGCCUUAUAACGGUUCAUACAUUGGGUGGAAGUUUGAAUGGAUCUGUCACAAUCCUGAAACCUGGACAUAUUGAUGGCAUUGAGAUGUUGCUCAUCGUAAUUCCUGCAUGCGUUGGCUUCUCACUUCUCAUGAUCAUUACUGUGUUUACCUGUUUUAGCAAAAAUGAAUGGUUGAAGAUGUAUUUGUGGCCCAUAAUUCCCGAUCCAGCCAAAAGUAGUAUUAAGAGGUUGACCACAACUGAAUCAUUGCCAGGCAUGCCCCUCUUUAAAGAUGACAAGGACCCUGUGCUGGUGUAUCUGUCCCACUUCAGUCUUCUAGAUCUCUCUGAGAAAGAGCAGUACAAGAGUGAUUAUGUUAAAGAGAACCUGUGGUCACAUGACAGCGGCAGCAAUGUUGAAGGUCACGACUCAUUGCAGGCCUUCAGCAGUUACGACUCAGAGCAGGACAGGGACUCUAUCCCUUAUGCCACUGUUGUGUUUGGGUGUCCGUAUCAAAGCCAGCAGUCCCCUCCACCGGUCUACCUGCGCUCAGAGUCCACUCAACCCCUCUUAGGGGUGGAAAACCCUAGAAGUCCCCCACCCUAUGAGAAUAUGCCACUCGGAGGGAGUGUUUCUGAAGUUAACGACUUCAAUAGAUUCCCUCAGGGUUCCGCUGAAAACGAGGAGAAUCAAGCAAUUUGGGAAGAUUUUCCAAUGCUCAGAUCCUUGGAGUUUAGGGAGACUGACCACAUCUCAACUCAAAGUCAAUAAAUGCCUGUUUAUGUGCUUCUUAUAUAAGGAUAAGAUUUAAUGUGUGUUUCUUCUUUGGUUGCAAUUUGAAAUAUGGAAAGAAACAUGCAGUGGCCCUAAAAGUAUUUGUACACUUAAUACACUUAAAACAUUUGAAUGUUAUUGCAAUAUAUUACAAAUAUCAAAUUAAGGGGCAUUAAAAAGAAGAAGACAACAGCUCAAGCACACUUCAAGUAAAAAUAAGUUUUUGGGUUUGAAAUGAAGAAAUAAUACAUAAAUGUUCAAAAUGAAAAUCUGAAGUAUAUAAUGUGAUAUGAAUUAUUAUGAAAAGUGAAUUCUACAAUGAAUCUAAUAUAGUGACAUGCAGACAUUUUAAGUGUCGCUACAGUGUCUACGUAAAGGGAAUACGUUAAGGAUAGAAUCAUGCUUUAAUGUAUGUUUAUUUAUUUUUUUUGAGUAAAUCAUUUGAAUUAGAAUAUGGAAAGACGCUCAUUACAAAAGGAGCACAAAUGAAAAUUGCAAUGGAAUAUUGGUGCUUUUUUAAUGGAAAGAGAGGUUUUUCGACAUGUAACGUGGUAAUCGUUUGUGAAAGUCAUUCACAGUUACUUAUUAUUACUUUAUAAAUGGUACAUGUUUUUGCUGUAUUUGUUCACUUUUUGUUUGUUUCAUGGUGCAUAAAAUUCAGUGUUUUUAUGCAUGUGAAUAUUUAGAAUAAACAAUGUGGUUACAUCUGGCAAUGUAGCAACUCCUCUGGAAGGACAAUAAGAAAUUGUGACACAGGAUUUAAUUGAUGUUAAAACUGUUGUAACAAUAUAGGAAAACCAAAACAAUGGCAAACUAUCAUUAGUUUUAUCAUUAGUAACACCAUGGUUGAAAUAAUGGUUCUAAAAACUUGAAUUUGUAUACUUGUACAAUGAAGUAACCAUGGUGUUACUAUAGUAAAACUUUUUUUUAUUAUUAUUAUAAUUUUUUUGGCAGAAUUAUUGUGAUUUUUAUUAUUAUAGAUUUGUUUUUUCAGUAUUUUUACUGUAGUUUUACCACAAAUAUCUUGGUUAAAAUAUAGUUGCUGUUUGUAAAUUUGCUGCCAUUGUAAAUUUUGUGGUUAAUAUGGUUUUACUACAAAUACUGUACAAUACUUCAACUAUAGUUACUGUAGUAAAACCAUGGUAAAUUUUCAUAAUGGAUAAAGGAAUUUCGAGGAACGCUACUGCAAGGAACCCCCAAAACUUUUUGUGAGGGAAAGCUAAACUAUUUCAGAUAGAAAAUAAAUUCCCUUCCUGUCAGGUUGACACCCCUGAGAAGGCCGCGGACCAGGGAGUCGAAUUGGUCGGAGAGUUGCAGGAAAUGAGGCGAGAGAUGUUGAACAUGUCGGGAAUGCUGACGAAGAUUAUUGCUGACUUGGAGGAUCUUGCUGUAAUAUGUCGAUCGAUCACUGCCAUGGAGGUGAAAUUUACUGAUGUGGUCACAAGAGUGGGGGAUGUCGAGAAAUGGAUCGAUUAUUUGGAGUCAUCGGAGAGGGAAUUAUCUGCUAAUCCGCUAGUGACCAGUGUGGAUUUGGAGCAUGUCUCUGAGAAGUUGGAGGACAUGGAAAACCGUAACUGGCAGAAUAACAUCCGUAUUGUGGGAAUCCCUGAGGGAGCAGAGGGACAGAAUAUGGUGGAAUUCCUGGAUGGGCUCUUUCCGAGUCUGCUCGACAUAACAGGCAUAAACUGGAAAUCGAGUGAGCUCACAGGGUUCCGGCACAACGAUCCAUUGAGGAGGACAGGCCCCGAUCAAUUCUGGCCAAAUUUCUGAGAUCAUCCGAUAAAGAUCUUGUGUUACGUGAGGCAAGGGGUAAAGGAAGGCUUUCUUGGAAGAACCACAGCAUUUUCUUGUUCCCAGACUUUGCGAACUUGACAAGAGAGAAACGUGAUCGAUUCAAGGAAUGCAAGAAACUUUUACAUCAACGGAAGGUCGCUUUUGCACUGAUAUUCCCAGCCAAAUUGAGAAUAAAUGCUAAGGAUGGCCUUAAAACAUUCACAUGCCCACAGCAAGCGAUGUCCUUCAUAAAGUCAGUGGAGUGAGUGGGUCGUGUUGUGGUGCUCAUGUUGCGGCCGGGUGGACCAGCUCACUGAACAUUCGCUUGACUGUUUGAAGGUUCUGCAUGCUCUUUUUGUGCUGGUUCCGCUUAGCAACUGGAGUUUAUUUUGAAGAGCAACACACCUUCGGGAUGGUUUUGUGGAUGAAUCUACAUGCUCUUUGUGUUUAUUCUGCCUGUCGGCUGGAGUAUAUUUUGUGGAGUGUUUCUGGCGAAGUCAUUGGAGUUAGUUAUUUGCCUGUUCAUGUGUCUUGUUUUCAUUGGUUCAUUGUUUGAUUACUUUGUUAUUAGUCUUGUCUUUUCAUUGGU